AUGCCACUUCACCUUCGAAGCUGUGGGAGCUCCUACGCGAUCCACGAGACAUCCGCUCUGAGAUCCAAAGCAGUCGUUUCAAUGCCAAGUCAUUCUAUCACCAUUCCCAAGCAUACCAUGGGCAUAGCAAUGUAA